GGAGGAGGAGGAGGAGGAGGAGGAACGGGCUGAGCCGAGGUUCUGAACUGUGCCCGAGCAGCGCGCUGAGAGGAGCCCCUGGAAGCAGAGGCAGGCUGACCAGCGGUCAUGACGACAGAGACGGGCCCUGGUUCGGAGGUGAAGAACGCGCAGGAGGAGGCUCCGCAGCAGCAGCUGGAGGCAGCCGCACACGGCCCCACCGCCGCAGCCGCCAACCCCGCCGGCCGGGACGCUGAGGCCAAUGAGAAGCCCAGGGCACAGUCUGAUGCCCAAAAUAUGGAGCCGGGCACAGACAUGGAGGAGAAGGACUACAGCGAGACGGACGGGCUCUCUGACAAAACAACCCCCAGCAAGACCCAGAAGUCGCCCCAGAAAACCACCAAGAAAGUGAAGAGUGCCCUCUGCAGAGUGACCCUGCUCGAUGCCUCCGAGUACGAAUGCGAGGUGGAGAAGCACGCCCGAGGCCAGGUCCUCUUUGACAUGGUGUGCGAGCACCUCAACCUCCUGGAGAAGGACUACUUUGGCCUCACCUUCUGCGACUCAGACAGUCAGAAGAACUGGCUGGACCCCUCCAAGGAGAUCAAGAAGCAGAUCCGCAGUGGGCCCUGGAACUUUGCCUUCACUGUGAAGUUUUACCCUCCAGACCCUGCCCAGCUCACAGAGGACAUCACAAGAUACUACUUGUGCCUGCAGCUCCGUGCGGACAUCAUCACGGGGCGCCUGCCCUGCUCCUUCGUCACGCAUGCCCUGCUCGGUUCCUACGCGGUGCAGGCCGAGCUGGGUGACUACGAUGCCGAGGAGCACGUGGGCAACUAUGUCAGCGAGCUCCGCUUCGCCCCCAACCAGACGCGGGAGCUGGAGGAGCGCAUCAUGGAGCUGCACAAGACCUACCGGGGAAUGACCCCCGGGGAAGCGGAGAUCCACUUUCUGGAGAACGCCAAGAAGCUCUCCAUGUACGGAGUGGACCUUCACCAUGCCAAGGACUCAGAGGGCAUCGACAUCAUGCUGGGUGUCUGCGCCAACGGCCUCCUCAUCUACAGGGACCGGUUGAGGAUCAACCGCUUCGCCUGGCCCAAGAUCCUCAAAAUUUCCUAUAAGAGGAGCAACUUCUACAUCAAGAUCCGCCCGGGUGAGUACGAACAGUUUGAAAGCACCAUUGGCUUCAAGCUGCCCAACCACCGCUCCGCCAAGCGUCUCUGGAAGGUCUGCAUAGAACAUCACACCUUCUUCAGGCUGGUGUCCCCAGAGCCACCCCCCAAAGGCUUCCUGGUGAUGGGCUCCAAGUUUCGCUACAGUGGGCGGACACAGGCGCAGACACGGCAGGCCAGUGCCCUCAUUGACCGCCCGGCUCCCUUCUUCGAGCGCUCCUCCAGCAAACGGUACACCAUGUCUCGCAGCCUUGACGGAGAGUUCUCGCGCCCAGCCUCCGUCAGCGAGAACCAUGACGCCGGGGCAGAGGGUGAGAAGCAGGAUGAGGAUGGUGAGUUUGGCAGCAGGAGACGGUCCGAGACAGAGGAUGAGGAGGUGACCACCCCAACGAAAAUCAAGGAGCUGAAGCCGGAGCACGAAACAACCCCCAGGCACAAGCAGGAGUUUUUAGACAAGCCAGAAGAUGUUUUGCUAAAGCAUCAGGCCAGCAUCAAUGAGCUGAAACGGACCCUGAAGGAGCCCAACAGCAAGCUGGUUCACAGGGACCGGGACAGGAGGCUGCCUUCCUCACCAGCCUCUUCCUCACCCAAGCAUGAGGAUGAAACACCAAAGGGAACCCCAGAAAAGGCCAGCGAGACGAUGGAAGAGGACACCCUAGACGAUUUUGCAUCUGAGCACGGAGCUUCCCUAAGCAUGGAGUCUUUCACGCAGAAAAGCCUUGUCUCCUCUCCUGAGGGUUCGGAGCAUUGGGUAUUUAUAGAGAGAGAAACUCCUAGGCUGGAAGUGGUAGCUCUAAAGAAAGCUCUGGGAGUCAAGAAAGAAGAAGCACAUGCAGGUACUUCAGAGGUGAAAAUGAGCGCGAGUGUAUCGAAAGUGGAGAUGGCAGUAGGGAAAGCCAAGGAAGUGGCUGGCCAGGAAGAGCCAGCAGAUGCAGCCCUGGAUACCCGGACAAGAGCAAAAAUGAUCGCUAGUCCAGAGGAUUUUGAGUCUGUCUGGGAGGAUGAGAUCUAUGAGAAGGAAGCCAGUGGGGAGCCCAGCCAGGAGGCUGAGCGCCUACCAACUGAGAGCGCAGAGGAGGAGCCACAAGAGCAGGGCGAGGAAGCAACCAUCAGUGAGCCAGGUCUGCCCAAGCCAUGUCAGCAGCCUGAAGAGAGGCAAAGGGCCAAGAUUUUGGGGCCACAGCCUCCCCAGGGGGAAAGCGAGGUGAUCUCCAAGGAAUGUGCUUCCACAGCCUCCAGGAAGCAGGAGGCCAGAGCACCGGCUGCAGCCACAGAGCUCAUGAAAAUUAAAGUGAAGGCUAGUGAUGACAGCUCAGAGACUUCUGCAACCCAGAGGAUCAUCUACUUAGGAGAUCCAGAGGGAGAGGAGAAGGACAGUAAAACACACCUGCUCUCAGUGACUGGUAGACAGCUUGACUUGGAGGACAGACCAGAAGCCACUGUGAACACGUCUGGGGAGGGAUCCAGGCACACGGCACCUGCGGCAGAAGGGUUCCAACCCCCUUCCUCAGCAAGUCAGCAACACAGGGCAGUGUCUGGAAAACCUGCAGAAGCACUGGAGGAGCCCAGGACAGGCUGUGAUGGGACCAGCCUGGUGGAACAUCCCACCUCAGGGCAGGAGGAAGGGCUGCCCCUACAGCAAGAGAAAGCAUCUGCUGGGCUGACAGGCUACAAAGCACCUGAGGGACAUGAAGCCCUACCGUGUUCCCAAGAGGCGGGACCAGAGGAGACGGAUCUGCAAAGCCCACUGGGAGGCUUGAAGCCGUGUAGCCUGGCAGGGGAUGACCAUGGGGCUGAAAAGCACAGAGGGAGCCCAGUACGGAGCCCGGACAUCUGCACGGCAGUGGAGGGGCUCUCAGGAAGGAUUGGAGUAGACAGUGACAAGGAGGAAAGUGCCAGAGUGGUUCUUCAGAUGGAAGAUAUAGAGACCAAGUCACCUCCAUCAGCUGUGCCUUGGCAGGGCCACCCUUGCACCACCACGGGGUCAGAGGGGGAUAAACCCAGCACUGCUGCCCCUACGCCCUUUCCCCAGCAAUCCAGCCCUGUCCCUGCAGAGCCAGCCCCAGGCACUGAGCCUGAGGGCAGAGACCUGUCCCAGGGCACCAGCCCUGUAAGAGGUGUGGGCAUACCCAGGGAUGUGAACCCCUCAGCAGAGGUGACAUGCCAGGAGGCAGGCCCUGUAGUAGGCAAAGGAGCACCCAAGGACGUGAGCCCUGUGGCAGAGGUGGCAAUAGCGAGGGGCGCCAAUCCUGAAUCUGAAGAACAACCCCAAGACACGGGCUUUGCUACGUGGAAACCACACCAAGGUGCAAGCCCUGUUGCAGGAGAACCACCCCAAAACACAGAUGCUGCAGCAGAGCUGAUGCAGGUCAGAGACCCAGCCACAGGGGAGGUAGUCGAGGACAUCGACCCUGUCACAGCGAGGGCAACCCAGAGCAAAGUCCCUGCCACAGAAGAGCUGCUCCAGGAGGAGAAGCCCAUGAUAAAAGAGCUCUCCCAGGACACAGGGCCAACAUCAAGGAAGCUGACCAGAGAUGAAGGCCGUGGGAUGGAUGAAUUGUCCCAUGACAGAAGCCCUUGCAUGGAAGAGCUGUGUCCCAAGGCAGAAGAACCAGAACAACAGACUGAGGCCAUAAUAAGACACCUGCCCCAAGAGGGUUCCAUGGCUGGAGGGCUACUCCACAUUGCAGGUCCCAAAGCACAAGAGCCACCCUGGGAUUUGGAGUUUAAUGUGGGACAAGAUCUGCAGGGCAGGAGCUCUACAGUAGGAGAAACUGCGAGGGACAGUGACCUUGCUCCGGGGCAGCCACCACAAGAUGAAUCUUCUCCGAAAGAAGCCGCUGAUGUCCCACACCCCCAAUCCUCCACAGGAUUGUGUCAAGGAACCAAGACGUACCGGCUCUCUACCUUGAUUUACGAAGGUGGGGGAGAACUGCAAGCGAGCAGUGGGACACAUCAAAUAGAGUCCGGGUCAUUGGUAUGUGUGGCCAGGCGGGCAGGAGCUGUGUCCCAGGAGCAUGGAGAUGUCACAGUGGCCCCAGGUAGCUGGCAGGACAGCGAGAGCUACAGGAAAACCUCAGUGGCCUCUAAGAUUAAGAUGUUUGAGCAAAGCGAAGUGGAGCGAAGGGCAGCCCAGGAAGGACAAGAGCAUGUGCCUGAAGCUGAGACAUCAGCCAAAGCAAAGGGGAAGACGGGUCUGGCACAGGACAUGCUUUUGAACACAGGCCUCGCCUCACCGCUGGAGGUGCCGGUCACUCCAGUGGGACCUGCAUCCAAUGUGGGCUCCUUGGCCCUCGGGCAGGGGGCUGGUUCAGGAGAUGCCUCCCAGCCUCUCUCUCUGAAGGAAGAAGUUUCUGUUGACCUGGAACAUGAAGGAGAAGACAGUGCUGACCUGGCCUCCCCUGACUCCGGCUGUGAACUCACACUGGCAGAAGCCGUGAGAGCGGGCUUGAGGGAGGGUGCCGAGGAGAAAGCUAAGCCACCUCGGCACAGGGCUCCUGAGAGCGACACCGGUGAUGAGGAGCAGGACCAGGAGAAGGACUCGGUCUUUCUGAAGGACAACCACCUGGCCAUCGAGCGCAAGUGCUCCAGCAUCACAGUCAGUUCAACCUCCAGCCUGGAAGCAGAGGUGGACUUCACAGUGAUCGGUGACUUCCACGGCACGGCCUUUGAGGACAUCUCCCGGAGCCUGCCUGAGCUGGACAAGGACAAGAGUGAAACGGAAGACGAAGGCCUGGUUUCCUUCCAGCACACUGACAAAGUAGUUCCCAGACUGGAAGAGGAUGUCAAAGGCGAGGAGAAGGUCUCCCAGCCCAGCCCAGAUGUCUCCCAGCUAGAGCCGUCAGCCCCAAAAACGGAUGCUGUGACCGUCAGCCUGGGGCCAGGCGUGAAGAAGGCCGAAGCGGAUGGCUCCACUCCCCACCGGGUCGGCACCACGGACACAGCCCAGGUGGACGGCGGCACCCCGGGCGGCAGGGACGCCACAGCCGCUGCUCGCACUGGCACUGCAGAGACAGCACUGGCGACCUCAGAUCACAGCACCAAGGCUGGGAAGGGGGCUGUUCCCAUGACAGACCUUCGCUCCCUCUCACCGAUCUCCAGCGGCUCUGCUGGGAAGGAAGUGCUCACCAGCAUAUUCAGUGCCACUGCGGAAACCCUCUCCACUUCCACCACUACCCACGUUACCAAGACUGUGAAAGGAGGGUUUUCAGAGACCCGAAUAGAGAAGCGCAUCAUCAUCACAGGAGACGAAGAUGUGGACCAGGACCAGGCACUGGCUUUAGCAAUCAAAGAGGCAAAACUACAGCAUCCCGACAUGCUGGUAACCAAAGCUGUGGUGUACAGAGAAACAGAACCUUCUCCAGAGGAAAGGGACAAGAAACCUCAGGAAUCUUGACCAACAUGUUCAUGGAAGUCGGCAUCUGUAUUCAAACCUGGAGAACAGCGGAGAAAGAGCCUUCAUGCUGGAUUUGUCAGCAAGACAUAGACAUCCUGGCUGCAAUGUUCAUGGCGAGAGACAAAAAUUUUUAAAAAAGGAAUAGCAAAUCUAUUAUAUAUAUAUAUACAUACAUACAUAUAUAUAUAUAUAAAAACCAGGAAACAAAAUGCAUCCUUGCACUGCUGCUAUAUGCUGGAAAUGAAUAGCAAACAGCACCACCAACAAAGCCAACCCUCUGCAGAUAAAUUGAAGAAUUUACUGGAUUGGUGAUAAAAUAAGAUUUAAAAAAUCAUAAUAACAACAAUAAUAUUGUUAACAAUACAAUAAGCCACCAUCUUGCAUGUUACAUUAAAGGAUACACAAUCAUGAGUUCAUUUGUUGCACACUGAAUGGAAAGGAAAACUGCUUUGCAACAAAGCAAGAAAUAAGCAAACUGAAAUAAAAAAAACCCACAAGCAGAAGCAAAACCAUUCCCCACCUCUGGGAAGAAGAGAGAAAAACAUUGAAUUUAUUACCUUAUUUUCCAAUUCACAAGUGUUGUUUCACCCUUCUCAUUCCAUGCUGGUUUUUUUGCAUCUUUUGGGGUUCUGUUAACUCUUCCCCUUCCAUUCUUUAUCUUCUUCUCUGUGCACUUGUCCAACCUCUUGUUCUCUGAAGGUAUUUAAGAAUGGAUUUCAUUUCAAACAAAACAAAUGAUAUGUAUAUGGUUUCUCAUUUAUAAAAAAGCAGCCUGUAGGGGUUUCAUAUGGAUGUGCAUUUAAGUUAUGUAUAUUAUUAUAUAUAACGAGGGGGGAGGGAGGGAACAAUACUGAAAUAAUUCAACAGUGCUGGUAAAUAUGAUGACGAUGUUUUUAAAUUAUUAACUCUUUGAUUGACUGUGGUUGGUGUAUUUUGAGACUCUUAGAUCACACGUGGGACUCUCAGUCCUGCAAGAAGAGAAUGGGGAAGGUUUCAGCCCACCAGCUGACCUGCAGUGUAUGUGGUGGUUGGAUUUGAAGGGUCAGCGGUGACUCGGAGGGGCAGGGAAGGAGGUGGAGGCUGCGGCUCUGGCAGCUGUAGGCAGGAUCGUCUCCCCGGCCCCCACCCAGAGCCACGAGAGUCAGCUGGGAGCAGGGUGGCAGCCGCAGGACUGCGCUCAUCGCCGCUCUCCAGCCCACUGAGCCAUGCCGGUCGUUGGGGUGGUUUUGCUUUGUUUCUGGAUCCCAGUAAUGAAGUUACUUGAGCUUUGUAGCAGUGUCAAAGGCAGAGGGGUUGUUUCUGCCCUGCCUCCCCCGCUGCCCGGGGUGUGAUGGCGAGGGCUGCCCGAGGCGCUGCGAUGAGGUGACAGUGAUGGCAGGGUGAUGGCAGUCCUUCCCCUGACCUGCCUAGGGAUGGGCAGUGGAGAGACCGCGCUGUCUCCAUCCCUGCAGAGCGUCUCCAGCAUCCCAGGCUGGACGACAGAGCCCAGGUCCUCUGCGUAAGAAGGCGCGUGUCGAGGAGAUGUCAGUGGAGCUGCCUUCCCCCAACUCAUCCCAGCUCAGCCUUUAACCACAGGCUUCGUCUACGGCUGCCUUUGGAAGGGGAUCAUGGGCCAAGCACAGGGCCUCGUACACUGUGAACCAGACAGUUAGGGUGGACGUGGAACCAAAAUCAGAAAGGAAAGGAAAUAAACAGGUUUCCUUCCUGGAGUCAGCUCUAGCUCCUGUGGAAACAGAAGGGCCCAUGAUUCUGCACCAUUUUGCCUUUAGUCUCCCACCCCUCACGCAGACCGUGCCCAGAAAUAGGUGCAUUUUGCCAGGUCCUGCAAUGGCUUGGAGGAUGACAGCAAGCAGGAGAGCCUGUGCUGUGAGGACGUUAUGGGCAGACUCCGCUCACCGCCUGUGCUGUCCUAGGAGAGAGCCUGCUCUCUGGCAGCCACGCUUCACCAGUUGCUCACUGGUAUGUGUCCGUGAAGUCUGUUCUCCUUCUGGCAGAGAGGGUUCUCCUGCAGGCACGAGAAGCGUGAGCCCAGGCUGCUUGGGAAGCAGACAGAGCUGCUGGCCGGCGCCGGUGCUGCCAGGUCGUGAGGGUCUCCCCAGCUUCCAUCUGAGCACAUUCAGCUACCUUUAAAGAGCAGACCCCCAACCAAAAAAAAGAGUUAAGGCAGCUGCAAAGAGGCUACUUUUCUCUCUUUUCUUUUUUCAAACACCCAAACCAGCUGUAAUCAGCUGUGGCACUUUCAGAGAGAGAAGCGGGGUCGCGGAGGACCUGUGGUCCGCACACAGCGCUGGUCUUCAUCAACACACUGCAUGUUUCCUACUCAGAGGAGCCCACCUGGCUUUGACACCUUUACACCUACCAGAGGUAACUGUGAAACUAGAGACUUGCUUUUGAUGUUGUGUACAGUUAUAAAAUCCAAGGUUACUGUUAAAAUGAGUGGCCUUACAGAGUUAGACUUGAUGUGCGCUUGGACUGAGAUGAGUUACGUUUGGAGUGAGCAGAUCCAGUCCGUGGCUUCCACAGCGUGUUUAAUGGGUGACAGUGUUUAAAAAAUUAAAAAAAAAAAAAAAAGAAAAAGAAAAAAAGGAGAGAAAAAAGCUCACUGCUUGUGCGCCUGGCGAGGUGUGGGUUUCUGCUGCCCAGCAACAACUGAGGCCCCCACGGGCGCAGGUCCCCCGGCCUGCCCAUCACCGGGCUCCAUUUCAGAUAGCUGAUCACCGCUUGUUUUCUUCCAGGGGCCUUUCUGUUGAAAGGGGUGGGAGACAUGAGUGCCUGUUUUUACCUGAUCCCACAAAUUCAUUCCAAACCUGGCCUGUGAUUGCAUGAGUAACAAUAACAGUAACAAUAAUAACAAUAUUUAUUUUUAUUUGAGAAGCACCUUACCAACCAACUGCAACGCUCUGUUGUUCCUUCACUAACUCUCCUUUCUCUUCCCUUGUUCUCCCUCUCCCCCCUUCGGUCAUACUCAUUUUCAGUGCUCGGUGGUGUAUGCGUGUGUGCUCACUGUUCUUGUAUUCAAUAAAAGUGAAAUAAAUGUGUUUGAUGCUA